CCAUCGUCUACAGUCAUGUUCAAGUUCAGUUUCGCAUUGGCACUCUGUGUGCUGGCCGCUGGCUCGGCGCUGGCGCAGCACAAUCCCCACUGGUGGGGCAGCCGCAACACAAUCGUCCAUCUCUUCGAGUGGCAAUGGGAGGACAUCGCCGAGGAGUGCGAGAACUUCCUGGGUCCACGCGGCUUUGCCGGCGUGCAGGUCAGUCCCGCCAACGAGAACAUCGUGACGCCGGGACGGCCCUGGUGGGAGCGCUACCAGCCCAUCUCCUACAAGCUGAUCACGCGCUCGGGCAACGAGGAGCAGUUCGCGGACAUGGUGCGUCGCUGCAACGAUGCGGGCGUCCGCAUCUACGUCGAUGUCCUGCUCAACCACAUGUCCGCAGACUUUGACGGCCAGGCCGUGGGCACGGCCGGCACUGAGGCUGAUCCCGCCACAAAGUCCUUCGCGGGAGUGCCCUACACCGCCGAGGACUUCCAUCCGAGCUGCCAGAUCUACGACUGGAACGAUCGCUUCCAGAUCCAGCAGUGCGAGCUGGUGGGCCUCAAGGAUCUCGACCAGAGCCGCGACCAUGUGCGGACCAAGCUCAUUGAGUUCCUCGACCAUCUGAUCGAGCUGGGAGUCGCUGGCUUCCGCGUGGAUGCCGCCAAGCACAUGGCCUCCGAGGAUCUGGAGUUCAUUUAUGGCAGCCUGAGCGAUCUGAAAACUGAGCACGGAUUCCCCCACAACGCACGUCCCUUCAUCUUCCAAGAGGUGAUCGAUCAUGGCGGCCAGGAGGUCACCCGCGAGGAGUACAACAGCCUGGGAGCCGUCACCGAGUUCCGUUUCUCGGAGGAGAUUGGCAACGCCUUCCGCGGCAACAACGCCCUCAAGUGGCUGCAGAGCUGGGGCACCGACUGGGGCUUCCUCUCAUCCGGGCAGGCACUCACCUUCGUGGACAACCACGACAACCAGCGUGAUGGCGGCGCAGUGCUGACCUACAAGACCCCCAGGCAGUACAAGAUGGCCACCGCCUUCCACCUGGCCUAUCCGUACGGCAUCAGCCGCGUCAUGAGCUCCUUCGCCUUCGACGAUCACGACUCGGCCCCGCCCCAGAACGCGCGGGAGGAGCUCAUCUCGCCCGAGUUCGAUUCGGAUGGCGCCUGCGUCAAUGGCUGGAUCUGCGAGCACCGCUGGCGACAGAUCUACAACAUGGUGGGCUUCAAGAACGCCGUUCGCGACACUCCAGUCACCAAUUGGUGGGACAAUGGCGACAGCCAGAUUGCCUUCUGCCGCGGCUCCAAGGGCUUCAUUGCCAUCAACAACAAUCUGUACAGUCUCGCAGAGACUCUGCAGACCUGCCUGCCCGCCGGCGUCUACUGUGACGUCAUCUCCGGCGAUCUGAUCAACGGCUCCUGCAGCGGCAAGUCCGUCACUGUGGGCCACGAUGGCCGCGCAUUCGUGAGCAUCGGCUCCGAGGACUUUGAUGGCGUUUUGGCCCUUCACGUGGAUGCGAAACUCUAACACAGAGCACAGAGCUAACGACAGAAAUAUUGCCUUUAUUUUGUCUCAAAUUACAAUAAAAACGAACGCAUAUAAUGUAUGGUA